AUGGACGCCUACCCCCCCGAACUAGUCACGCACGAGGCGCCCCUCCUCAUCGUGUCGGGCCUGGGCUCCCCCGAGCGCCACUCCCCGCCAUCCACCUACCCGCAGCUCGAGCAGAACGGCUCGCUGAUCGCCUGUGCUGUUGCGCCCGUCACCACGCCCGCAGGAGAGCUGCUGCUCGACUACUUUCUCAAGACGGACUGCUCGGGCAUCUGGGCGGCGCGGCCGGCGGAGCGCCAGAAGCCGCAGACACCGGCGUGGAGGAUCAGGGCUGUGGGGAGGGACUACACUCUCCCCCCGCGCAAAGCCCGCCCGCCCGCCGACGAGCACUUCACCACCCCGCUCGAAGGCCCGCCCACCCGCAUCCAAGCCCUGCACUCUCCCAUCUCGCCGCUCUCGCCCUCCUCGCCGCUCUACCCCGACGGCGUGCUCACGCCCCUCUGGCUGCGGAAGCACCAAACACUCCUCCCCGCCGCCUUCUGCGCCGCCUACGAGCUCUACACCGACACCAACGACGGGCCCCUGCAGAACCAACACGACAACACGCUCAUCGCCGCAAUCAACCACCAGAAGCGCUUCUUCGCGCCGCCGGGCUCCUCCCCGGCCGCAAUCAGCAGCGACGACAUAAGGUCCCCCGCCUUCCGCAGCCGCUUCGUCGUCGCCCUGCUCAGCGAGAAGAGCAUCCUCUCCUCCCCGCGCAUCGACGAGCGCCUCUCCUACAUCAAGCGCAGCACCGGCCUCGUCCCGGGAAUAACAUUCUUCUUCCUCCCCGCCCACUCCUCGCCCGUCGAGGUGCACCAGUUCGUCGCCACCUUGCUCACGACACUCCACCCGCACGCAAUCGACUACUACCGCGAGCUCUCAAAACACACGCGCCGCAAGCGCAACCGCGGCUCCGUGCCCCCGCCCACCGUACCCUCCUCGCGCGCCCUCUCCCUGCACGCAUGGUCCCUCCGCUACGAGCUCAAACUCGGCGUCUUUGCCGAGUUCCGCCAGGAGCUCGACGUUGCCGCGCGCAGCUACGAGGCCGCGUACGAGAAGCUGUUCGCGGAGGUGUUUGAGACCACCACGUCGUGGAGCGAGCGGUGGACCGAGGCACGCCUGCUCGCGGACACGCUUACGCUGCGCAUCGUGCGCUGCCACCUGUGGAACGAGCAGUACACGGCUGCCAAGCGCCGGUGGGGCAGCCAUGUGGUGCAGAUGGCGGCCGUGCUGGACCGCAAGGGGCUGGGCACGGAGACGUAUGGGUUCAGCGCGUGGAUGGCGCGGUGGAAUCGGUGUCUGGCGGAGCUGCUGCAGGCGGCGAAUCUGGCCGUGUUGGCGCCGCUGGUGCCGCCCGCGAGGGGGUCCCUGCUGGAUGUGGACGGGGCGCGCGAGGCGCAGGCGCUGUAUGUGGGUGGCGAGAAGGGGUCUGCUGCCGUGAGCGGCGGCGGCGGCGGUGGCGGUGGGGUGGGCGAGCGUAUGGCCGCCGCGGACUACCUGCACCAUCCGGGGUUCUACUAUCUCGCGGCCGCGGAGCACCUCGGGGAGCGGGCGCAGCGCGGGAAGAGGGUCAGUGUGGGUGCGAAGGAGAGUAGCUAUGAUACAUAUCUGUGUCUGCCGCCGGCGGAGGAGGUAGUGUGGGAGGGGGAGGGGCCCCGGAUCGCGCUGCUGGGUCUGGCGCGGCGCGAGUUUGAGGCGCGCGGGCAGCGCAGGAUGGCGUGUGGGGUUGUGUAUAGUGUUGCGAAGCUGCGGAUGGCGGCGGCGGCGCGGAGCGGCGUGGGCUGGGGGGAGGCGCUGAAGGAUUUGAGGGCUGCCGCGGGCGUGUAUAGGCGCGAGGGGUGGUGGGAGGUGCUGGAGGAGGUGCUGUGGAGCGUGGUGGAGUGUGGGAGGAUGAGUGGUGAUGGGGGGAGCGUGGUGGUUGCGGGGUUGGAGCUGCUGUGUGGGGAGGUGUUUAGGGAGAGGAGGGGGUGGAGGUAUGAUCUUGGGAGGUGUCUGGAGGGGAUUGAGGCGGUGAAGGUGCGGCCGACGAUGGUGGUGAGGGGAGGGGAUGUUGUGAGCUUUCUAACCGCAACAUACACCUUCUCCACCCCCAAAAUCCACGUCGGCGACCUCAUCACCUCCCAGCUCUCCAUCACCUCUACUGCCCACCCCUCCUCCACACCCAUCACCUUCACCGAACUCAAGCUCACCUUCGAGGGGCCCCUAAAGCCCAUCCACCUGCACCACUCCUCCUCCUGCGUCCCCCCUCCCCCCACCACCACCAGCAGAGUGACAAAACUAGACCUCAAAAACAAGCUCACGGAGCAACACACAACCCCCGACGCACCCUCGUUCCUAGCCGCCGACACAGACCUCACCCUCGCCCCCGGCGAGACCAAGGUCUUCGAGCUCGCCGCCGUCCUGCGCGAGGCCGGCGACGCAAAGGCCGUCUGCGCGACGUUCGUGUUCGUGUCGGACGGGUUCGAGCUGGACUUUAUGCUCAUGCUCGAGGCGGACGAGGAGGAAGGCGGGGGGGGCGUGCACAUUCUUCCGAGCGCUGCCGCGCGGCGGCGGCAGGUCACGGCGAACGGCGGGAGCGGGGCGUGGUGGAUUGAAGCGCCCCUAGGGGCGGCAGGCGGGGGGACGACGGAGUUGAGGAGGAAGCCGCUCAGGGCCGUGGAGCCUGGCAGGGUCGAGAUAUUGCCGAGGCCGCCAAAGAUGGAUGUGACGGCGCGCAGCGCGGUCGUGGGCGAUGUGUAUGUGAAUGAGAUUGUGAGGAUUGAGUUUGGCGCGUGUAAUGGGGAGGAUGAGGAGGCGGUGGUGGGCGUUGAGGUGAAGAUCUUGGGGUGGCCGGGGGAGGAGCCACCAAAGAUAACCUGGCUCUCCCCCGACUCCAGCGCCGAAGCAGAACAGCUCGCCACAACCGCGCACUACCCACUUGGCCGCCUGCCACCCGGCGCCUCCGCAAAGCGCACCUUCACCUUCCCCUCGCCCUCCAUCCCCGCCGACUGCGCCAUCGAGAUCACCGCCCACUACCACCUCGUCUCUGACCCCGAAACACCAAUCUCAAAGCCCGUCGUCGCAGAAAUGCCCGUCAUCAACCCCUUCCGCACCUCCUUCGACUUCUCGCCGCGCGUGCACCCCGACCCAUGGCCCGACUACUUCUCGCUGCCUGACGACCUCGCCCCCGAGCAGCCGCUGGGGAUAACGCAGCGGUGGGCGCUCACCGUCACGAUUGCCGCGCAGGGCGAGGGCACGCUGCUGCUCACGGAGUGGGCACUGCCCGUCCACGCGGUAGCUGGCGGGAUCGUGGCAACUGUUGUUGCUGACGCCGCCGCCGCUGGGGGGCAGCCGAAGGCGCUGAAUAGUGGCGCGCCGGCGACACUGACCUUCUUGCUCGACGUGCAGAAGAUGUCGCUUGAAGACCGGCGCGCGGCGAGCGCGGAUGUGGCGCUGAGUCUGAGCUGGCGGAGGACGGACACGAGCCCGGAGUGGCCGGAGGUGACGAAUACUACGCUGCUGCCGGUGCCAAGAUUACCCGUGCCGGGGAGUGAGCCGCGGGUGCUGGCGGCCGUGGUGUCGGCGCCUGCGCCUGUGUCGCCGUCUGUGGCGGCGGGUGAGGAGGAGGGGGGGGUGGGGGUGCCGCAGAGGCUGGGUGGCAGGGCGCGGGCACGGACGACGUCGAGUCUGAUACCGACGGCGGCGGCGGGCGAGGCGGAUGUGCCCGGUGUGCUACAUCUCCAGUAUGUGCUUGAGAACCCGACGAAUUAUUUCUUGACGUUUAGCGUGGUGAUGGAGGCGAGUGAGGGGUUUGCGUUCAGUGGGCCGAAGCAGACGGUGGUGCAGGUGUUGCCCGUGGCCAGGGUCGCGCUGGGGUAUCGGUUGUUUGUGUAUCGGGCGGACGCGGCGGCGAUGGGUGUGAAGGAGGAGGAUAAGGGGGAGAAGGGGGAGAAGGGGGAGAAGGGGGAGAGAGGGAAGGGGGGGAAGGGGGUGGGGGAUAAGAAGGGGAUGGGCGGGAAGGAGGAGAGGAGGGGAGGGGAGAAGGGCGUGUGGGUGAGGCCUGCGUUGAGGGUUGUGGAUCGGUACUUUAAUAAGACGCUGAGGGUGAGUCCGGGCAGUGAGGGUGUGGGGUUGGAUAAGAAUGGGGUCAUGGUGUGGGUGCCGACUGGGGAGGUGGAGGAGGGGGGGAAGGUGGUGGAGGAGUUGUAA